UUUAUUAGUUUCUGUAAGCGGCAGAGGCGCAGCACAGCACAGCGGCUGGAAAGACUGGAGUUCUGUCUUUUUCUCCUGCUAUUCCUCCUUCAUCUGAUGGUUCUUGCCUCUCGCACAGGACACUGGAAGCUGUGAGGAUCUUACAGACUGAAUUUAUUCGCAGGAUUCUCAGUGAUUUCUCACCGGUUUAGUGGUGUAGGAUCUGAGAUGGCGAAGCCGGGGCUGCAGUGGACUCCUACAGUGUGAUCAGUGUGUGUGUGUGUGUGUGUGUGUGUGUGUGUGUGAGAGAGAGAGAUCAGUGUGUGUGUGAGAGAUCAGUGUGAGAUCAGUGUGUGUGAGUGUGUGAGAGAGAGAGAGAGAGAGAGAGAGAGAAAGAGAGUGAGAGAGAAACACACACACACACACACAUACACGGAGGAUCUCAGACCACAGCCUACACACAUCAGCACCUUAUGAAGUGAGCACUUAAUGUUGUAAACAUCACUGGAUAUAUAUAUUUAAAAAGAAAGAAAGAAAGAAAAGAAAAAAAGAUGCUUCGUGUAGUUUUGGCAGCUGCUGUUCGGAACAAACCCGGAUAACACAAGAAGAGCCCAGAUUAAGCUUCCUCUUGUGUACGGAUUGCAGGCUUGCUGCACAGCACAUGAAGCUCGGGGAAGCUGAGCGCAUACGAGGGCGUGAAUACAGUCAGAUCAGCACAAGCAGCUCGACGCCAAUGGAGUCUCCGCACAAGAGGAAGACUGUCAAGAGGAAGUGGCAGGUUUUCCCUGGGAGGAAUAAAUUCUACUGCGAUGGCAGGAUUAUGAUGGCAAGACAGACCGGGGUCUUCUACCUGACUCUUGUUCUCAUCCUCGUCACAAGUGGACUCUUUUUCGUGUUUGACUGUCCGUUCUUGGCGGCCACGCUGACUCCAGCCAUCCCCGUGGUUGGUGGCGUGCUGUUCUUCUUCGUGCUGGGGACGUUACUCAGGACAAGCUUCAGCGACCCCGGCGUCCUGCCCAGAGCCACUCCGGAUGAGGCUGCAGACUUGGAGAGACAGAUAGAUGUUGCCAAUGGUUCCAGUACUACAGGAUACCGGCCUCCGCCACGGACAAAAGAGAUUACUGUAAAGGGACAGACGGUGAAGCUGAAGUACUGUUUUACUUGUAAGAUCUUCAGACCACCGCGUGCAUCGCACUGCAGCCUUUGUGAUAACUGCGUGGAGCGGUUCGAUCAUCACUGCCCCUGGGUGGGGAACUGCGUCGGAAAGAGGAACUACCGCUUCUUCUACAUGUUCAUCCUGUCACUGUCUUUCCUCACAGUCUUCAUCUUCGCCUUCGUCAUCACACACAUAAUCAUGAAAUCCCACAGAAACGGGUUCCUCAGCGCACUCAAAGACAGUCCUGCCAGUGUGCUGGAGGUUGUCGUGUGUUUUUUCUCCGUGUGGUCAAUAGUGGGUCUCUCCGGCUUCCACACCUACCUAAUUGGAUCCAAUCAGACCACAAAUGAAGAUAUUAAGGGGUCAUGGUCAUCAAAAAGAGGGAAAGAUAACUACAACCCUUAUAGCUAUGGAAACAUCUUCACAAACUGUUGUGCAGCCCUCUGUGGUCCUCUUCCACCCAGUCUCAUCGACAGAAGGGGCUUGGUCCUGCCCGAUACGCCGCAGCCUGCACCACCCACGAAUGGUAUCACAAUGUACGGUGCCACUCAGUCCCAGACCCGCAUGUGUGACCAAGACCAGUGCAUUCAGAGCACCAAAUUCGUUUUGCAGGCCGCCGCUACGCCGUUGCUGCAGAGCGAGACUCCAGUCAUGGCUGAUGAGUCAUCGGUGCCUGGCAGGCCAGCUCUAGGCGCUCCGUGUCCGUUGCUUCCUCUCGGCCAGCCCACACCACCCACCUCCACCCCAAGUCUGAGCUGUGAAGCUGAGAGUCUGAGCCCUCCUGCCCCCGAGGCCCAGCACCACUUCCUCACACCUGACGAUGCCCCCUCACCCCCAGGCAUGCUUCCCUGCACAAACCCGCUGGACCACAGCCACACGGCGCCCUUCUACAACCCUGCCAGCCAGGACUCUCUACACGAGGACUCGGUCAGAGGCCUGGUCAAACUCAGCUCUGUUUAAAUAGACUGAUGCGUGGUCAUUGUGUGUGUCCCCCACACUGCCCUUUAAUCUGUGCCAAGAGCCUGCUAGCUCCUCAUCGUAACUCUACAAUCUCAGUGAUAUGAGCAGCCCAGAGUCACUCAGUGUGGACUUGAACACAUUUAAACCCAGCUCACAAUCUGCAACACUCCCUAGUCACAAAGUGAGCUGCCAAAUCUGUCUUUGCUCCUCUGACUGUCUGUACAGGAGCUGCUGCCCUCGAGGCUGGGUGGCUUCUAAAACAAAGGGCUGUAACUAACUCAGUGCAUCGAACCAUUUAAGAAGAGGAUGUUCCACUUGAAUAGCUGCUUCAUGUGUCACUUGCUGGGAUUCACUUUGUAUUUUGGGCUGAUUUUGUGGGUUUUUUUGUUUUGUUUUUUGGAACUCAGAAUCUCUGCCUGACGACUGGGAACGGACAGUUUUUGCCUUCCUGUCUUUUGAGAUUAUUGCACGGUUGAUAACGUGAGGUGUUGUCAUCAUGUUGCAUAUGCGUACACUUUUUCUUUUUUAACUAUUUUGGAAAGAAUAUGGUAUUGUGUUGUGGCACAAAAGAAAUGUUUUCCUUUCUUAACAAAUUGGUGUAUAUCACAUGGAUAUUACUACAUUCCCUGAGUUUUAAUGGGAUUCUGUAAAAGCUGUUCCUGCAUCUUUAAAGAUUCAGUGUUGUAUGCUGCAAACUUCCCUGGUCUGCAUAAACACAGUGUUAUGUUGUGACGAUUGGCUGUGGUGAAUGUCUUACCAACAUGACCUAUGAUACUGUGUCAUGAAAGAAAUACACUGCCCAAUAAAAUCUGAUUCAUUACAAGCACCAGUUACCUACUUAAUUUCAGACUUACAUUAGGAUGCCAUUGUUUUAGGACUGACAAAAAACUCCAUGCAUUUUAGUUACACUUGCUUUGCAAUAACCAGCUUGUACAUUAAUCUCAAAGAAAUACAUUAUUAAUUUUGUCUCUGUAUUCCAGAACUUUUCACCACAUGCCCUUUAGUCAAAUUUUCAUCCAGAGCAGAUCAACAAUUACAUAAGUGCUACUUUUAUAUAAUCAGUUUUAAAUGUACAAACUGGUGUUAUUGUUCUGAAAUAACAGGAUCCACUCAAAAAUGUCUUAAUUUUCAGGAAAAUCAAAGAAUUUUGUUACUAUUGAACGAAUACAUGUAUAAACUUAAAAGAACACUGUUUUUCAACAUC